UCGUCUAUUUAUUCUUUCGGUUAACAGCAAUUUCAACUCUGAAUUCUGAAGAUUUUCUAACAUUAAUGUUAUGUUUGUAAUUUCAAUAUAGAAAUUAUAUAUAUAUUAAAUAUUCAUUCUUUUGAGUUUGUAUACACAAUUUUAAACACUUUUAAGAAUUCAGUAACGAAAGCCCAAAUUUCAUUGGAUACUUCAAUUUUACAGCUUCUAUGAAUUCUCUUAAUAAUAAGAAUCUCUCUAACAUAAGAUAUGUUGAAUUCCACCUUGUUAUGUUAUCUAAUAUCGGCAUUUUGUAGUCCGAAUUUUUCAAUCGAUUCGUUUUAGCUUCUUCAAAUUCCGUUCGAUUUUGCUUAUUCCCAAAAGAAUAAACUUCUCCACAUUUUUAUUUUUUAUAUGGCAACUUUGUAUAAAUCAAAACGAAAACAUAUGUUUCAAUUUCAAAACAAAAAAAACAUUUUGCGGCAAAAAUUUUAUUUUUAACUUAAAAUCUAUAAUAAAAUAAAAGUAAUUAAACUUAAAAUUAAAGAAACGUGUAUAAGUAAAAAGAAAAAAUUAAGACAAUUAUGCCGGGUGUAUCAAUUGUUGCUGUAAUGGAGGAAAGCAAGAGACAACAUUCAGUGGAAAAAUUGCGUCGGCGUACAUUAAGAGAUGCCUCAGAUCCUUUGUCAUAUCCACCGGCAGUUUUUGUUAGCUACUAUCGACUUAAUAAAGAGGCUUUUAUAAUGGUGCUAGAAAAACUUAGCCCUCACCUAAAAAGCUCGACAAUACCACAAAUAAUACAAUUGUCAACCACUCCGCGUUUCUUAGCUACUGGAGCUUUUCAAGGCGUUAUAGCCAAAGAUGUGGAUAUAAGUUUAGGAAGGAGUACUGUUUCAACGCUAAUGUGGAGGGUCAUAAAUGCUGCAGAAUCUAAAAUUUGUCCACAAUGGAUAAAAAUAGAAAUGACGACGGAAGAAAAACUAAGUUCAAAGACUUAUUUUUUCCAAAAAUGCCAAAUACCUGGCGUAGUAGGAUGUAUUGACGGUACUCACGUCAAGAUAAAUAAGCCUUGUGAAGACGAAUCACUUUAUUUAAAUAGAAAAGGAACAUUUAGUGUAAAUGCUAUGAUAAUAUGUGACAACAAUAUGAAAGUGCGUGCUGUAGAUGCCCGUAGACCUGGGUCUUGCCAUGACUCUUUUGUUUGGAAAUUGAGUAGAGCAAGACAGUUUUUCUUACACAAUUCUUCAAAUGGAGAUACAAAUUCAUGGCUUCUAGGUGAUUCUGGUUAUGGACUGGAGCCAUUUUUAUUAACUCCUUAUAAGGAUGUUUCAUCUGGAACGCCAGAACAUAAAUUUAAUAACAAGCACGCUAGUGGUCGCAACAUUGUAGAACGUAUAAUUGGCGUAUUAAAAAGCAGAUUUAGGUGUUUGUUGGGUACCUUGUUGUACACCCCACAAAAAGUAGUUCAAAUCAUAAAUGUUUGCUGUGCACUUCAUAACAUAUGCAGGGAGUUCAAUAUUGAGUUCGAAGAAGAUUCAAUGGAUGGUAAUAUUGAGAACAAUGACGUAGAUGAAGUAGAAGAUUUGUCAGAAAGAAAUAUGUUCAACAUUGCUAAACGCUUAAGGGAUAGUAUUGCAGCUCAACUUACUUAAUUUUGAAAUAAAAUUUUAACUUUAAACAAGUUAGAUUGCUAUAUUCGGCACUGCCGAAUCUUAAAUACCCUCCACCUGCAAACUACUUUUUAUUAAAACCCAAAAUAAAUAUGUUAUA